UGUGAGUGUUUUGCUUCGACUCCAGCACUGAUGGAUUUCACGAGAGGAAUAUUGCACCGUGGAUCAUCAUGCGUCCUCCUGUCCCCCUGACCGUCCUCCUUCUCGCCGCGGGGAUGCGGACAUUAGUUUGAGGCCGGACAUGAUUUUUAAUCUCAGGAGGUGCUGCAUAGUGUGGAUGCGGGAUGAUGAACAAUAGCUCGGGGCCUCUCAACCAAUUUUUCCUGGACUGUGGCGCACAGUGAGCAUCUUUCUUUGUUUGGUUUUUUUUUUUUCCGGCCUGGAACGGACUGUUUGGGGAGCUGAUGCGGACGGAUCGUACCGUUUUGUCUGCAGGGAUCAACUGAGCACCGUGAGAAGCAGAGCCAGUGGGGGGGCUCUUUCUCACCUGGACAUUUCAACACACCAUAACAAUCUUUCAGGAUGGCUGAGAAAACACUGGAAUCUGUCAGCAUCCCCAUGGAGGAGACCAAACUCCCUAGCGGAAACCCCCAGGAGGCAGCCCUGCUCACACAUCUGAAGAAAGUGGAGAACCACAUCACAGAGGCUCAGCGCUUCUCCCACCUCCCACGCCGCUCCGCUGUCGACCUGGAGUUCAACGAACUCUCCUACAGCAUUCGUGAGGGUCCCUGGUGGCGACGGAGAGGUAACAAAGCCCUACUCAAGUGUUUGUCAGGAAGAUUUAACAGCAAGGAGCUCAUUGGUAUCAUGGGGCCUUCUGGAGCUGGAAAGAGCACUCUGAUGAAUAUUCUGGCUGGGUACAGGGAGACAGGCAUGGAAGGUCAGAUCCUGGUGAAUGGACGGCUGAGGGACCUGAGAACUUUCAGGAAGAUGUCUUGCUACAUCAUGCAGGAUGACAUGUUGCUGCCACACCUCACUGUGAAGGAGGCCAUGAUGGUUUCUGCCAAUCUGAAGCUGAAUGAGAGCAUGCAGGUCAAAAAAGAACUUGUGGAUGAAAUUCUGACUGCUCUGGGUCUUUUGGACUGUGCCCAGACACGCACCAUCUCUCUCUCCGGCGGUCAGUGUAAAAGACUGGCAAUCGCCCUCGAGCUGGUGAACAACCCCCCGGUCAUGUUCUUUGAUGAGCCCACCAGUGGUCUGGACAGCGCAUCCUGUUUCCAGGUUGUUUCCCUCAUGAAGUCUUUGGCUCAGGGAGGACGGACAAUCAUCUGCACCAUUCAUCAACCCAGUGCCAAGCUUUUUGAGAUGUUUGAUAAGUUGUACAUCCUCAGUCAGGGUCAGUGCAUAUACAAGGGCACUGUUCCUUACCUCAUUCCUUAUCUGAAGAACCUGGGUCUCCACUGCCCCACGUAUCACAAUCCUGCUGAUUUCAUCAUUGAGGUGGCAUCAGGGGAGUAUGGAGACCUAAACCAAGUGCUGUUCGAGGCGGUCCAAGGAGGACUGUGCUCAGAGGAGGGAAAGAAGAACUCCAGAGACAAAAGUGACUCUUGUCACUCUCAAUGUCACAAUGACACAGGAACUCUUGAGAAACACAGCUUUGCUACCAGUACCUUCACACAGUUCUGCAUCCUCUUCAAAAGAACCUUCAUUACAAUAUGCAGGGACAUGGUACUGACCCACCUCAGGGUGAUGUCUCAUCUGUCUAUUGGUGUUCUGAUUGGCCUGCUCUAUCUCAAAAUUGGAAAUGAUGCCAACAAGGUUUUCAACAACACUGGCUUUCUCUUCUUCUCCAUGCUGUUCCUCAUGUUUGCUGCUCUGAUGCCCACAGUUCUAACCUUUCCUCUGGAGAUGUCUGUGUUUGUAAGGGAACAUCUCAACUACUGGUACAGCCUGAAGGCCUACUACUUGGCCAAGACAAUGGCAGACGUUCCCUUCCAGGUGAUUUGUCCGAUAAUGUACUGCAGUAUAGUGUACUGGAUGACUGAGCAGCCUCCAGAAGCAGGUCGCUACCUCCUCUUCAUGGCCUUGUCCACAUCCACAGCUUUGGUAGCGCAAUCCCUGGGUCUGCUCAUUGGGGCUGCAUCCACCUCCCUGCAGGUGGCGACAUUUGUGGGUCCAGUCACAGCCAUACCUGUGCUCCUCUUCUCUGGUUUCUUUGUCAAUUUUGAUACCAUUCCCAAAUAUCUACAGUGGAGCUCCUAUGUGUCCUACGUCAGGUAUGGCUUUGAGGGAGUGAUACUCUCUAUCUAUGGGAUGAAUCGUUCCGAGCUGGAGUGUCCAGACCAGGUGUGUAAAUUCCAAAAACCAGAGGAGGUUCUGCAGCUGCUGGAUGUGGAGGAUGCCAAACUCCAUGUGGACUUUAUGGUGCUGGGAGUUUUCUUCUUGGUCCUCAGACUGGCCACCUACUUUGUCCUACGAUACAAAGUAAAGUCAGAGCGUUAAAUCAUCCACAGUCAACCACAGGUGUGGACACUAGAACAUGCCUGGGCAGGGUGAGAUAAUAAAAAAAUAAAAUAAAAAAUACCAUCUCUAUCUGUACUUCACAUCCGUGUCCAAAGGACAAAGGAAAGAUCAAAUGAAGGAAUAUUCUCUGCUCUACCCCUGUUAGUUGUCCUACAGGUAACAGUAUUUAUGAUACUAUUUAAAGAUGGCCAGUAUUGUCCAAAAUAAAU